CACACACACACAUCAUCAAAAUGGCUGAUACAAUUGUUUGGAACACAACCGCUGAAGAGGUCAUCAAGAUCUACAAAACAGACCUAAGUGGUAAAGUAGUCAUUGUUACUGGCUCCAACGCAGGUAUUGGAUUAGAAAUCGCCCGUGUUCUCUCUCUCGCUGGUGCCAAAGUUAUCAUCCCUUCUCGUACACUUGAGAAAUCCCACGAAGCUGUCGCCACUAUUCAUGAAACCGUUCCUCAAGCCGACCUUAUACCUAUGCAAUUAGAUUUAGGUGAUCUUGCCACUGUUCGUAAAUUUGCACAAGAUUUCCUUGCCCUCAAUCUGCCACUCAAUAUUCUGGUCAAUAACGCAGGAAUGAUCAUUGACCACAAAGUCUUUACCAAAGACGGCUUCGAGUCACAAUUUGCCAUAAAUCAUCUGGGUCAUUUUUUACUGACCCAACUCCUGGAAGAAAAAAUUAAAGCCAGUGCGCCAUCUCGUAUCGUCAUCACCAGUUCUUGUCUCCACUCACAACUCAACCCUAUCACCGGAUUGGAUUUCGAUAAUCUGAAUGGAGAAAAGGAAGGUUAUAGUCAGUUAGCAGCCUACGGUAAAAGUAAAUUAUGUAAUGUCUAUCAUGCAAAAGAACUUCAGCGUCGAUUUGAUGCCCAAGGUGUGGAUGUGACCGUCACCAGUCUUCAUCCAGGUAGUGUCAACACCAAGAUGAAUAACGGAAUUACCUUUCCUAUGAUCAAAGAUAUGUGGAAGCAUCUUCGUAAUUACAGGUUGAGCAUGUCAGAGCUUACGAGAAACAAGGAUACAAAGGCCGGUGCCUCUACGUCUGUAUUGUGUGCAGUGGCUCCCGAUGUGGUAAAAGGUGCUUUCUAUAGCCAUAAUAAAAUUAACACGGACGCAGUGCAUGAAUUAGCUGACGAUGAGGAACCAGCUAAAAGAUUGUGGGAUCUUUCAGAGAAAUUGCUGUCUAAAUAAUUAUAAUAAAAAA